AUGGUCGUUCAGGUUCUAAAUGCAAGUUCUGAUCUUGAUGAUGUAUUUCCUGCGAGCCAAAGAAGAAUAGUGGUCGCCAAGAUCUGUGAUCCGCUUUACUUUGAUGAUGAAGGUCCCCAAGUUCUACGGGUCUUAUUCAUUGGAUAUUGCGACGAAGAGCGGGGGAGGGUUUGCACUGUGUGGCUGAUUCUACUUGAGCAUAUCGAGGGCAUGUCAAUGCUAGACAUGGAGCCAAAGAUGUUCCUCCAGCACAUCCAGGAGCAGAUGCUGAAGUCAUUGAUUGAUUUUGAAAGUCUCUUGUUCUCGCGGAACAUACAACUCAAGGACAUGAGUCCUCGGAAUACCAUCAUCGCGCAAGAUCCGGGUGUCAAUCCUUUUACUAGCCCUGAUCCCUUUUCUGGUCUUGAUACGAAAAGGAUUGUCUUUGUGGACUUUGCUGGAACGGGCUUUAUCUGCGCUAGAAAGUAUAUGAGUCCGGAGAGAAAGAAGUGUCUUGGGAAGUAUUACUCUCAUCUUCUACGGUAUAACCAGCCGUCUGAGUUUAUGGGAUGGUUUCUUUGGUACGAAGAUGACUGGUUAGAGGCUGAGUAUGCGCAUACCGUGGUGAGUAUCACGCCUGAGAUUCGGGAGGCGUUUGAUGGGUGUCGACGUUGAUUUUUUUGAGAUAUUUCUGCUUUGCUGUUUU